AACCAGAGCGUCAUAUUAGCUUUAUAGGACGACGGAAGAGUCGGGCUCCCAUCUGUAAGGUUUCUGUAACGUUCUCAAAUUACAUUAACUAUAAUAUAGGCAAAUAAGCUCCUGUCAACUAUUUUGCCUUGUCUGUACGUAUUCUUCAAGUUAAGCUAUGUCAACCCCGGCCAGAAGAAGACUUAUGAGAGAUUUUAAACGUCUACAAGAGGAUCCUCCAGCUGGUGUCAGUGGUGCCCCUUCUGAAAACAACAUCAUGGUGUGGAAUGCAGUCAUUUUUGGCCCUGAAGGAACUCCCUUUGAGGAUGGUACAUUUAAACUCAUCGUAGAAUUCACAGAAGAAUAUCCCAACAAACCCCCUACAGUGCGAUUUGUGUCAAAGAUGUUUCAUCCAAAUGUCUACGCGGAUGGCAGUAUAUGUUUAGACAUCCUACAGAAUCGUUGGAGCCCCACUUAUGAUGUGUCUUCUAUUCUAACAUCUAUCCAGUCCCUGCUUGAUGAGCCAAACCCCAACAGUCCGGCCAACAGCCAGGCAGCUCAGCUGUACCAGGAGAACAAACGAGAAUAUGAGAAACGCGUCUCUGCCAUCGUAGAACAAAGCUGGAGAGACAGUUGACCUGAUACUUGUGAUUGCUUCUCUCCGUCCAUUGUUAAGCUGUGUGUGCUGCAAGUUUUAGUGGAAUACCUCUUAAUUUUUUGACCCUCCCCUCUUUUAAUUUUAAGCUUUUAUGCACUUUACCCUCAACUUUCCAUCAUAAAACAUCUUGUUCCUGCCCAACAAAGAGGGCCUUUUUUUUUUCUAUUCUCGCCCCCUUUUUAAGUUCAUCAGGGGAAAUGUGCUGAAUCUUGCCUUGAUGUAAUAUCAUUAUGGACUUGAGGGCCAUUACUUAAAAUCCUGGUGUGUUCCAACUUGCUCUAAUAACUCCAUGAUUAAUUGUUUUGUCUCAAGAGGGUACAUCGUUAAGUCAUGGGUCCUUUUCUGUUGUGAGCCUGAUUUGUUGUCAGUUUAUUUUCAUAAGGCAGUUGGAUACUGAGCAGCCUGAUUAUCACAGACUACAAUUAAAUCACCUUUACACCAUGUCCUUGGCUGUGUUGUGAACUGUUACAUGCAUGACGGAGUGUAUUCACUUUCCCGUUCACUUGUGUAUAUAAGAAACCUGCAACUGAAAUUAUGUACAGAUUUUGCACUGGUUGUCCCCAUGUCACCUUUUCCAGUACUUGUAAAUAAAAAAAAAAAAAGGCAAAGUCA